AUGGUUAAAAUAACAGAUUAUGAAACAAAAAUACAAGCACUAAAAAGUAAAAUGUGCAAAGAUGUAUGCAGAUUCAUAAUGCGUUUACCUGUAAAACGAAAAUCAACGUUUCAAGCACUAAACGAAGAAAUAAUUGCAAAAUUUGGUGGAAAAAUUCAAACAGAAGCAAAUCGUUAUCUUAUAAGAAAUUUCAAAGUUUAUAAUAAUGUUAGGACAUUUAGACAACAAUGUGAAAAACUAGAACAACUUCUUGACCAAGUGGAAAACAUGUCUGAAUCUGAUAAAAUUUGGAAACUUAUGGACAAAGUUGAAAACGAAAUGAUUUUUAAUAAAUUGCCAAUAAUUUAG